AUGUCUUACCUUCCUUCGAGUUUUGACGGUGCGGAUGAUGAAGCUGAAAUGGAUUUUUAUAGCAGGAUGAUCUUCAACUGUAAGCAGCAACCGCUGGUGCCCCUUGGGACUCUGUUGACCACUGGAGCUGUGAUUCUAGCAGUUAAGAAUCUGAGAUCUGGCAACAAAGAAAGUGCCCAGAAAUGGUUCCGCAUGCGUGUUGCAAUGCAGGCGAGCACGCUGGUUGCCUUAGUGGCAGGGUCAUAUUUUUAUGGCACGUCAAAGAAAGAAGCUAAAGCCAAGGAGGAGGUGCUUAGAGAGAAAGCCAAGAUGCGUGAGAAACUCUGGAUUCGAGAACUUGAAAGACGAGAUGAAGAAACCCAGAUGAGAAAGAAAAGAGCAGAAAUGGCUCGCUUAAAGGCUCAGCAUAUGGAGAAGGAGACCUCCAAGCUGGAAGAAGAAUUACGGGAGCUAGAAUCUGCUACAAGGAAAUAA